AUGAUUCAACAAGACCGCGCAACAGACAAGAAUAGAUCGAGUCUGCCUUGGCUCGAGCUUGCUCUACUUGCUCAGCUUCAGCUCGACAGGGAUUAUUUGGUUGUUUGGAAGUGGAAGAAGUGGAUUGGAUUAGACCAGAUGCCAGAUGGGGAUAAAGGGUUAGAGGAGGCCUGGGAGGAAAGGAAAGAUUCGCUGUAUGUUGUUGGGUCUGUGCUCAUACUCAUGCUAUAUUUUGAUUUGAAUGUCAUAUGUAUGAAUGGAUGGAUGAAUGGCCUUGAUGCACAACAGAUUUACAUUACGAGUAGAGGUGUUGAAGAUGUUGUGUAUGGAAUCGUAUUGAAUACGCUGGAUUGA